GUACGAAUAGUCGUACGCGCAGUCUGUUCGUGUGUCGUUUGAUGAGUGUUGUUGUUGGCAAGGAGUAGUGUUUCACGUUUUACAUCUUAGGAUUCAGAAAUGGCAAAUAAGGGACCUACGUAUGGAUUAAGCAGGGCGUGUCAGCUUAAGACGAAUGCAAAGUUUGAUAUGAACCUGGCAAAAGAGGCACUGACAUGGAUAGAGGAGGUAACUGGUAGGAAUCUAGAAUCACCUAGAGGGGAUUUCAAGGAUCAAUAUGAUGUUCAGGAGGCACUAAAGGAUGGGCAAGCAUUAUGCGAGUUAAUGAACAUCAUAUUCCCUGGUAGUAUCAAGAAAGUAAACACAUCAAAAUUGGCCUUUAAACAAAGAGAAAACAUAGAAAUGUUUGUCAUGGCCUGCCAACGAAAUGGAAUGAAAGACGUUGACACAUUUGCAACGGAUGAUUUGUACGAAGGGAAAUCCAUGUACACGGUGAUCAACUGCAUACACCAGCUGGGCUCGCUCGCGCGGAAGGCUGGCUUCGACGGCAACACGAUCGGCGUGAAGCUGGCCGACGCAAACAAGCGAGAGUUCACCGAGGAGCAGCUGAUCGCGAGCAAGCAGAUCAUCUCGCUGCAGUACGGAUCGAACAAGGGCGCGUCGCAGGCCGGCAUGACCGCGCCGGGCACCAGCAGGCACAUGUGAGGUAGCCCGCGCGGGGCAGUCAUAGUAACCAGGCGCG